UCUGCAAGUCUCAGCACAUAAUUACAAUGAGGGAGAACCUGAGCCCUCUCCUUGCUCUGUUCUGUGUUACUGCCUUCUUUGCCUACAUUUCAGAGGUCUCAGCAACCACAAUAGCACUCUACAACAAAUGUACACACCCAGUAUGGCCAGGAAUCCAACCCGGUGCAGGGAAACCCAUUCUUGCAAGAGGUGGGUUUAAGCUAAAUCCCAAACAAGCCUACUCCCUCCGAGUCCCUGCAGGUUGGUCAGGCCGCAUUUGGGGUCGCCAUGAAUGUUCCUUCGACGCCUCCGGCAGAGGUAGCUGUGCCACCGGCGACUGUGGUGGUUCUCUCUACUGCAAUGGCCUAGGAGGAGUACCCCCUGCAACCCUUGCAGAGAUAACACUCGGAGAACAGGAUUUCUAUGAUGUAAGCCUUGUUGAUGGCUAUAACCUUGCCGUCUCCAUCACCCCAUUUAGGGGAAAAGGGAAAUGUAGCCGUGCGGGUUGUAUUAGUGACCUUAACGCAAUGUGCCCAGUUGGGUUGCAGGUGAAAUCUCAUGACAACAAGGUUGUGGCUUGCAAGAGUGCUUGUUUUGCUUUCAACUCUCCCAGGUAUUGCUGCACUGGAAGCUUUGGAAACCCACAGACAUGCAAGCCCACGGCGUAUUCUAAGAUCUUCAAAGCUGCUUGUCCUAGAGCUUAUUCGUAUGCUUAUGAUGAUCCCACCAGCAUUUCCACUUGCAGUGGUGGAAACUACUUGGUUACCUUCUGCCCUCACCAUUAGAGGUUCCAAGUUCCAGCCUUUCUUUUUAGAGAAAGGAAAGAAAACUCAAAAACCUAUUCUUUGGCUUUGGGCUUUGGGCUUUGGGCUUUGGGUUUUGAGCCUUUUGGGUUCCUCCUGUCUUCAACUCUACAUUUAGCAUUGCCUCUUUCUUCUUUGUUUUCUCCUUUGCUUUGUAUCUACUACAGUUAUCAACUACAGUGGUAUUACCUAUUUUAAACUUAAUUAGUUAAUUAAAGUUUUUAUGUCCUUAUGUUGCUUAUGAUUUAAAUUUCAACUUUCAAGUUCAUGUUUA